ACAGUAAGAGACGCUGUUGGCUAAUGGAACAAUAUUUUGACUCAGUCGAGCUCGACCGUCAUUUUUCUGUGCUUUAAAGGAACGAAGGCAAACUGCGGGGUUCAUAAGCUGGAGCGCACGCACAAAUACAAUUGAAGGGAAGUCUGGAGCAGUCAGAUCACUACUUUGAGAGAUCUGGGCGUUCUUGUUUUAUUUUAUUUUAUUUUUUAUUUUAUUUUUGGGACGACGUUUUAAAGGAAGCUGUGGAUAUUACAUUUUGUUGUCGGUAAUGGCUUCUAAAACCCCGCAUUUGCCGUGCGUAAAAUGGCGUUUGCCUUGUGGAGCAGUGACGCCGUUACUGUUGAUCCUGUUCUGUCUCAGCCACAUCGUCUCUGGCCAAAUCCGAUAUACAAUCCCAGAGGAGCUGAAGAAGGGCACUUUCAUCGGCAAUAUCGCUCAAGAUCUUGGUUUGGACGUGCAGAGACUCCGUUCUGGGCGGGCCCGUAUCGUGACCAGACAAAGCCAUCAGUACACGGAACUGACGACAGACAAAGGCGUUUUAGCCGUAAAAGAAAGAAUCGACCGAGAGCAGCUCUGUGGAGACGUCACGCCGUGCAGCUUCAGCUUUGAGGUGAUUUUAGAGAAUCCUAUGGAAUUGCAUCAAGUCACGGUGGAAAUUAUCGACAUAAAUGAUAAUUCUCCUAAGUUCACAAAAAAAGAAGUGAAAUUUGAAAUCAGUGAGUCUGCCGCACUGGGAUCUCGGUUUUUAUUAGCCACUGCAGAUGACGCAGAUGUGGGCAGUAACGGAUUGCAAAAAUACAUUUUAACUACGAAUGACUUUUUUGGAUUAAAGCAGCACUCGACUCCAGAUGGGAAAAAAUACAGUGAAAUGAUUUUACAAAAAGCCCUGGAUAGAGAGAGCGAAUCGAAAUUGCUCUUGAACCUUAUUGCUGUUGAUGGAGGAACACCACCCAGAUCUGGCACAAUAAAUAUGGAUAUCACUGUCCUCGACGUCAACGAUAACCCUCCGGUUUUUAAUCAGUCUGUGUACAGGGCCGCUGUUCAGGAAAAUUCAAUAAAAGGCACAUAUAUCUUAACGGUGAAUGCGAGUGACGCAGACGCGGGAUCAAAUGGUGACGUUAGAUAUAGAUUUUCAAGCAUGAAAGAGCAGCUGUCUGACAAAUUCCAUUUGGAUGAAACUACAGGGAUUAUCACACUUGUAGACGAAAUAGACUAUGAACAACAUAAGAAAUAUGAAUUUAUGAUUGAAGCUACGGACCAAGGAGGUCUAACUGAUUCAAGCAAGGUUCAGAUGGAGAUUGUUGACGUCAACGACAAUGCACCUGUAAUAAAUGUGAUGUCAUUCCUGAGCAAUGUACCAGAAGAUGCUGCUUCAGGUACCACAGUGGCAAUAAUUAAUGUGAUUGAUGCGGACUCAGAACAAAAUGGACAAGUUAUUUGCACAACAGACAAGAGUCUACCAUUUAAAAUAAAAUCAACAUUAACUAAUUACUAUGCAUUAGUAACAGAUUCAGCUUUUGACAGAGAACGGGUGCCAGAAUAUAACAUAACUAUGAAGGCGACAGAUUCAGGAUCUUCUUCUUUAUCGAGCACAAUGACAUUACGUCUGAGAAUCUCUGAUGUGAAUGAUAAUGCUCCUGUUUUUGAUAAAGAAAGUUAUGUUGCUCAUGUUAUGGAGAAUAAUCCUCCUGGGAUGUCUAUUUUUACCGUGAAAGCACAUGAUGUAGACGGGAAUCAAAAUGCUAGGAUUUCUUAUUUUCUUCAGGAAACACAAGUCGGUGCUAGUCCUGUUUCAUCAUUCGUCACCAUAAAUUCUGAGAGUGGAGCUAUCCAUGCAGUUCGUUCAUUUGACUAUGAACAAAUUAAACAGCUUCUGUUGACAGUCAAAGCACAGGAUGGAGGCUCCCCUCCACUCAGUAGCAACGUGACUGUGAAAAUAGUGAUCCAGGACCAGAACGACAAUGCCCCUCAGGUUCUGUACCCGGUCCAGACUGGAGGCUCUGUGGUGGCUGAGAUGGUUCCUCGUUCAGCAGAUGUGGGCUAUCUGGUGACUAAAGUGGUGGCUGUUGAUGUGGACUCUGGACAGAAUGCCUGGCUCUCCUAUAAACUGCAGAAAGCCACAGACAGGGCGCUGUUUGAAGUGGGUUUACAGAAUGGAGAAAUAAGAACUAUCCGCCAAGUCACUGAUAAAGAUGCUGUCAAACAAAGACUGACUGUGUUCGUGGAGGACAACGGGCAGCCCUCUCAUUCAGCUACAGUCAUUGUUAAUGUGGCGGUGGCGGACAGCUACCCUGAAGUGCUGUCGGAGUUCACUGACUUUACGCACGACAAGGAGUACAAUGACAACCUGACUUUUUACUUAGUGCUGGCUUUGGCUGUAGUUUCCUUUCUCUUCAUCACAUGUUUAGUGGUUAUUAUAUCAGUGAAAAUCUACAGAUGGAGACAGUCUCGCAUCCUGUAUCACUCCAGUCUCCCGGUGAUUCCAUAUUAUCCACCACGUUACUCAGACACUUUGGGGACAGGGACUCUGCCACACGUGUACAACUAUGAGGUGGGCAGGACGACUGACUCCAGAAAGAGUGACUGUAAGUUCGGCACAGCUGGUAGUCAGAAAGUGCUGAUAAUGGACCCCAGUUCUACAGGAACCAUGCAGCAGAUACAGAGUGAAAAGAAUAUCCUGGAUGAACCAGACUCUCCUCUCGAGGUUAGUUAA